CCCCCCUCCGGACUUUUAAACCAUGACUCUGCUAGUGGAAGACCAGUCCACCCAGCCCCAGCCUUGCCGGCUCCCGGAGCACUCCCCCACCACCACCACCUCCCUGGACUGGUGUCCCACCCGAGUGAGCAAGCAGUCGAUGGGGGACGUUGGCGGCGACGGCGCGCUGGUGUUCGGCGCGGUGGAGCCCCCCCGGCGGUCGCGCGGCCGGCUGCUGCUGCACGGCCUGGUGAUGUUCGGCCGCGAGUUCUGCUACGCGGUGGAGGCGGCGUUCGUCACGCCGGUGCUGCUGAGCGUGGGGCUGCCGCGCAGCCUCUACAGCCUGGUGUGGCUCAUCAGCCCCAUCCUGGGCUUCCUGCUGCAGCCCGUCAUCGGCUCGGCCAGCGACUACUGCCGCGCGUCCUGGGGCCGCCGGCGGCCCUACAUCCUGGCGCUGGGCCUGCUCAUGCUGCUGGGCAUCAGCCUCUUCCUCAACGGGGACGCCGUGGUCUCAGCAAUCGUCAGUGAGCCGGAACUCAAGAGGAUAUGGGCCAUCGUGGUGGUGAUGCUGGGAGUGGUGCUGUUUGACUUUGCGGCCGACUUCAUUGACGGGCCGAUCAAGGCCUACCUCUUUGACGUGUGCUCCUACCAAGACAAGGAGAGAGGCCUCCACUACCAUGCCCUGCUCACAGGUCUGGGGGGCGCCUUCGGCUACCUGAUAGGAGCCAUGGACUGGGGCAACUCCUCGCUGGGCAAGCUGCUGGGCUCCGAGUACCAGGUCAUCUACUUCUUCUCGGCGUUGACUUGGGUCCUCUUCCUCACCGUCCACCUGGUCAGUAUCCCGGAGACGCCCCUGGACAAGGCGCCGCAGUCCCCCGUGAUGCCCCCCAGCUCGACCUCCUCCUCGGGGGGCAUCCCUCUGAUGCGGUACCAGAGCGGCGGCGGUGGCGGCGGCGGCGGCGGCGGCGGCGGCGGCGGCUACGGAGCGCUGCCCAAGGAGCCCACCUACCAGACGACUAUGGAGAUCCGGCCCCGGUCUUUCUCCGUUCUGUCCGAGGCCAACGCCGUCACCUCCAGCGCCAAGCAGCCCAACAAGGAGGCCCAGAAGAGAAUGACAUUCAGGUCGUUAAUGAAGGUCAUGUUCAACAUGCCAAACCACUACCGAUACCUGUGCAUUAGUCACCUGUUGGGAUGGACGGCCUUUCUCUGCAACAUGCUCUUCUUCACUGACUUCAUGGGACAGAUUGUAUACAAAGGAAACCCGUACGCUGCCCAUAGCUCAACAGCUUAUAGCAGAUAUGAGAGAGGUGUUGAAAUUGGCUGCUGGGGACUCUGCAUCAACGCCGUAUCUUCGGCACUCUACUCAUACGUGCAGCGACUGCUGCUGCCCCACGUCGGCCUGAAGGGGCUGUACUUCGUGGGCUACUUUGUGUUCGGCCUGGGCACCGGCCUCAUCGGCCUCUUCCCCAACGUGGUGGCCACCCUGGUGCUCUGCAGCGUGUUUGGCGUGAUGUCGAGCACGCUGUACACCAUCCCCUUCAACCUCAUCGCAGAGUACCAGCGCGAGGAGGAGGAGCAGCUGAGGCUACUUGAGUCCAAUGAGCCGCAGCGGGGCACGGGCGUGGACUGCGCGGCGCUUACGUGCAUGGUGCAGCUGGCCCAGAUCCUGGUGGGAGCGGGGCUGGGGGCCCUGGUCAACAUGGCCGGCAGCGUGGUGGUGGUGGUCGUCGGGGCGUCCGCCGUGGCCUUCCUCGGCUGUGUCUUCAUCGCCCUCUUCGUCAGAGACGUCAAGUGAUUUUUUUUUUGACCCCCUUUGUUUUUUUGCGAUUGUCAAAAUGAGUGUUUUAAUAAAUAAAAGAAUCUUUAUACGA